CCCAGGCUGCGCUGGAUGGUGCUGGACGAGGCGGACUCGCUGAUGGACGAGUCCUUCACGGAGCUGCUGGAGGAGAUCCUGGCACACGCGCCGCUGGCCGCCGGCGCUCCCGGGCCGGCCGGUCCCGACGAGAACAGGACGCAGGUGGUGGUGGUCGGAGCAACCUUCCCCGCGGGGCUCGGCGAGACGCUGGCCAAGUUCACUGACGUGGGCCGGUUCGUCACCCUCAGCACCCAGAGCCUGCACCGCCUGCCGCCUCACGUCCAGCAGAAGUUUGUCCGCCUCAAAGGCCAGGACAAGCUGCCCGAGCUGCUGCUGCUGCUCAAGGAGCGCCCGUCGUCUGGAGGGGCUGUUCUCAUCUUCUGCAACAGUGCCAGCACUGUCAACUGGCUGAGCUAUAUCCUGGAUGACCACAAAAUCAAGCACCUGAGGCUGCAGGGGCAGAUGUCGGCAGCUGCUAGAGCUGGCAUUUUUGCCUCUUUCCAGAAGGGUGAAGUGUCUGUCCUUGUGUGCACUGACCUUGCCUCGCGGGGGCUGGACACCAGCAGUGUGCAGCUAGUGGUCAACUACGACUUCCCAGACACCCUGCAGGACUACCUGCACCGUGCCGGGAGAGUCGGCCGGGUUGGCAGCAAGGCAGCUGGAGCUGUGGUUAGUUUUGUCACCCAUCGGUGGGAUGUGGACCUGGUACGGAAAAUAGAGACUGCAGCCCGGAAAAGGACAGGUCUCCCAGGAAUGGACUCCCUUAAUAAACCUUCAACUACAGGAGGCUGAUUCAGGUUGCCAGGCAUUCCCUGGUAGGGGCUUACCUUGUGGUCAUUAAGGCAGAGUGAAUGAGCUGCUGUGUGUAAGGCAGAUUGAAAGAAUCUAGGGUUGAGUUUCAGAACCAGGGGAUCAGGUUAACUUUGUGCACUGUUCUGGAAACUGCAGUAUUCAUUUGCACAACCGUGACAACAUGUGCCUUUCCUAAAGGAAACUAGUAAGUGAGUAACAGAGUGUUAUUUGGAGAAUAUUGAAGAAUUACUUCAUCAGUUGAUUAGGUUUACUUAUUUUGUGACCUAAUUUAAAUUCAAAUCCAAAUGAAAGUGUGUCUGUUUGAUAUACAGCUCUAUUGCAUUUCAUUACUGCCCACCACCAUCAGCUAACACUUGUUAUUGAAACUUCAAAAUUGCUAUUGUGGUAGGAGAAAAAACCUGACCAGUUAGAGACACAAAGGAUGCUUGAUUUUCUUGUGAUGUAGCAGUUCAUUCAGAGAAUUCUAGACCGGAUGCCUGUAAAGUACAGUGGGAAUGAGAAGGCACAAUAAUGCCUAAGGCACUUUCGAGCGCCUAAUUUGUUAUUUUAUAGUUACCAUUCACUGAGAAAUGGGAUCUUGCUCUUCAUAUUAUAUUAAAUAAAACUGAA